AGCGAGGUGGCAAAGCAGGCAGACGUGUUCAUCCGGUACAAGUGCAGGAAGGGAGAGUGUAAGACCUGCGCCGUCAACAUCGACGGGAAGUGGGUGUCAGCCUGCCAGCAGCGGAUUGAGCCUCAGGCCCCUGGCGAGCACUUCGCCGUCCGGGUGCGGCCUGUGUCCGAGAAGGAGAAGAGGAAAGAGAAGGUCGCCUUUUUCUCGGCCGAGUCGGUCUCGGACGGGUUCUGGAACAACGCCUGGGGCAUGUUCGGCUUGGUGACAGAGGGCGCGAAGUCCGGCGAUGACUUCGCGGUG